UCAAUUCCAAAUUCCUGUUUUUAAAAUUCAAUUUGACUUAAACUUGCACACAUAUUUAUGCAAUGGCGACUGACUUCAAUUUCACAAGGUAACGUCGAUGUAAACCAAAGUAACGUCUUGUGUAAAAACAAAUUGGUCAUGCAUGCAACCUUGAAGUCUUUCAGUAAGUCGUGCAAACAUAGCCCAGAGUACACCCAGGGAAAUCUGGGGAGCUUAAAGCAACAUUAACAACAGAUCAUGUGGGUGGGAGAACAUUAAAACUUCAUGUUUAAAAUGGGUAGGACGUAAGGUGGUUGACAGUGGAUACACUAUAUGUCAAGUUGUCCAAAGUUAAUGCCUUCCUCUGUGUUACACCAAAACAUCCAGGCUUGGUUUCUUAGUUUAAGACCAGGGGUGCGCAAUCACAGUCCUGGAGGGCCAUUCCACUCCACGUAAUUUGCACAGGGUCACGCACAGCGAGUCAGUGGCUGAGCUGGAAUUGCACCAGUAACCUUCUGGUAACCAGCUGGACCACCAAGCCUCCUCAUUCAAGGGUUCAUCAGUUCUGACUCAAAAGGAACAAUAAAACAAAAACCUGUGGCGGUUUUCAAACUGAAACUCUUUGCUAUCUUGUGGUAAUCAGGCAUAUCAUUGCCCUAUUCCCACAGGAAAGGGCUUCUGUCCAGAAUAAGGAGCUCUCAAGACACGACUCUGUGUAAGCCUACCAAAGUACUUUAGUUCCCAAGAACAAUGGGGUUUUUUUAAGAGGGAAAUUGAGAAUCUGCAGGAAAGGGCAAAAUAUCCACCUCAGACAUCUGUUUCCUUUUACAGCAGUAGAAAAUGAAAGACUUUUUAAAAAAUCAAAUACAGAACUUGCAUCAGUAUUUAGUACUUUUAAAUAAGUUCUUCCUCUCAACCACCCGCUGUGCUACCACACUGGUAACUUCACAACCAUUGUUGCAUUUAUAUACAAAGAAAACAAAAUAGCCCAGAAUAGAAUCAAAUACAGUGAGAAUGCAGCAUGUUGAUGUUUUAAUGGACAUGAAAGUACUGAAGCAGCAUUGCUACAAUUUAGCCGGCUUUGAAGUCAAAUGUAUUUUUGCAAGAGAUUUUAUUUUUGCUCUGAUCUUUACCUUGCUGUCUCACCCAGUCACAAAGUUUCUUGGCAGUUGAAUCCCAGUAGUCGACUGUGCCCGUGCUAUGCGAUGCCCUGAAGUCGCUGUACCUAAAAGAGUUCACCUGACAGAAUGCUCCCCAUAUGCUGCCCACUUAUAUGACGCCGAGGACGCGAACACUCCUAUUCGAGAACUGCCCGGGCUGUGCGCGGAAUACUGCACUGAUUUCUGGCAUCGCUGCCGCUCAACCUUGAGCCUUCUCACGGAGGACGACGACACUGUAGCGAUAGAAGGAGACCGGGAUAAAUUCUGCGGCCUGCUGGAACUCAAAGACCGGGAAUACUGCUACCCCAACGUGCUCACAAACGCUGAACUGAACGCCGACCUGGGGGCUGUGCGCGCAGACCCCGAAGGCUGCCUGCAGCUCUGCCUCCAGGAGGUUGCAAACCUCUUGCGGAACCCGGUAGCCAUGGUCCACGCCAACGACGGGACGCACCGGUUCUUCAUCGCGGAACAGCUGGGCUACGUCUGGGCUUACCUGCCCAACGGGUCCCGGAUUGACAAGCCGUUCCUAAACCUGACAAAUGCAGUGCUGACCUCGCCGUGGGCCGGAGACGAGAGGGGGUUCCUCUGCGUCGCCUUCCAUCCGCGCUUCAAGUCCACCGGCAAGGCGUACGUGUAUUACUCGGUCUCCGUGAAGAGAGAGGAGCGGAUUCGCAUUAGCGAGUUCACGCUGUCUGUGGACGAUAUGAACGUGCUGGACCCAGCUUCUGAACGAAUUCUCCUGGAGGUGGUGGAGCCAGCAUCCAACCACAACGGAGGGCAGCUUCUUUUCGGCUACGACGGCUACCUCUACAUCUUCGUCGGGGACGGGGGUAAAGCCGGGGACCCAUUCGGAGAGUUUGGGAACGCUCAGAACAAGUCCUCUCUGCUGGGCAAGGUCCUUCGCGUGGAUGUGGACGAUAACAACGGCGGCCCCCCGUACCGGAUCCCCCCUGACAACCCCUUCGUGAAGGACCCCAGGGCUCGCCCUGAGGUGUACGCGUACGGCGUGCGGAACAUGUGGCGCUGCUCCGUGGACCGGGGGGACCCCCUGACCCGGACCGGCCGGGGGAGACUGCUCUGCGGAGACGUGGGUCAGAACAAAUUCGAGGAGGUGGACAUCAUCACCAAGGGAGGAAACUACGGUUGGAGAGCCAAGGAGGGCUUCUCCUGCUAUGACAAGAAGCUGUGCAGCAACUCCUCGCUCGAUGAUAUCUUGCCCAUUUUCGCGUACCCCCACAAGCUGGGUAAGUCGGUGACCGGAGGCUACGUUUACAGGGGCUGUGAGAUGCCCAACCUGAACGGGCUCUACAUCUUUGGAGAUUUUAUGAGUGGACGUCUGAUGUCUCUGAAAGAAGAUCCCAGUACUGGCGAAUGGCACUACAAUGAGGUCUGCAUGGGGAAAGGCCAGGCGUGCAACUUCCCCAAGACCAUCAACACCUAUUACAAGUACAUCAUCUCGUUUGCUGAGGACGAGGCAGGAGAGCUCUACUUUCUCUCCACUGGCUCCCCCAGUGCAGCAGUGCCAGCUGGGGUGAUGUAUAAAAUAAUCGAUCCUUCAAGGAGAGCACACCCAGGCAAGUGCAGUUUCACAGCAUCUCCUGUCACUGUGAAAGGAAAACUGAGCCACUUCCACCCAAGGGAAAGAUUUGUAAAUCGACGCAAAACUACGACAGCUGCUCCAAAAGCCACUCCGAUCCCGGUCUACACCAAUACGACGAUUAUCAACAGAUUAGUUAUGACGUCUUCUUAUCCCACAGCUGCCACCACAGUAAGAUGGACCCCAACUACUGCUGGCAGACAGGGUACCACCACUGCCAGGCUCAGUGCAGUCCCAACCCCUCCGAUCCACUCCCCAGCCAAAACACCAACCACACAGCGUCCCAGAGUCACCUACCAGCCGAUAACUAGGAAGCCAGAGAAACCCUACCAACCUACCACUCGCCCUGCUCCCAAACAACACCAGACUACCAGCCAAUACCAUUUGCCUGUGGAAACGGAGCAUCUAACAAAGGGCCGACCGACUACGCCAAGGCCCGGUUUACAUGAAUUGACCACCAAGCUCCCUCUGAAGACCCAAAAGCUGAACGUCCUCAACGUUCCCAAGACGAGCGACAAGAGACUCAAGGGUCAUGUGGAAGAAGUGGACGGUUCAGACGGUCAGAAUCGAGUUAACAAGAAAGGCCGUGGCUCGAAGAAGACGAAAGUAAGACAUAGGAGGCUGAAGAACGGGGCGGUGAGACUGGCAAGCGGCGGGGAGAAGCUGCCGGAUCGCGGGAGGGUGGAGAUUCACGUCAAGGGGGAGUGGGGGACCGUUUGCGACGAUCUGUUUGACAGCAAAGCCGGGGCCGUCGUGUGCCGGCAGCUGGGAUACCCGUUUGUCCUCCGUGUGGCCAGAAGAGCAGAAAUGGGCGAGGGCAGCAACCUCAACAUCCUUCUGGACGACGUGAAGUGCGAGGGUACGGAAAAGACGCUGCUGGAGUGCAAGCGAGCCAAACUCGGGGAGCACAACUGCUCCCACAAGGAGGACGUGGGGGUGGUGUGCGGGUACGAUGAAUUCGAGGAGGCGUAAUGGCAUUUCAGGCAGGACUUGUUGAACUUCUUUCUUUUUUUAGGUGCUUUUCUUCUCUUUUAGAAGUCAAUUUGUUACCGUGGACUGCUUUGGAAGGACUCUUGCCAUACUUUCUGUAACUCCCAAGACCGUAUUUGAAAAGUUUUUAUUUCCUACUCCCAAUCAGGGUUGGGGUCGACUUCCUGUUUUUCAAUUCCAAUUCCAUUGAAUUUUUAAAAUCAAUUCCCAUUGCAAUUCCUUCGAAUUGAUAUUUUAGAGAUGGAAUAAUUGUUGUUACUCCUUCCAUUUGAAGCCAAUGUAAUUAACUAACGAACAGUAAUUUCAGUUCUGUUGCCAUUGGGAGAAGCUCAUUUGAUCUGAACACUGCUAAUUGCAAUUUUGAUCAAUGACGUGUUGGAAUCGAUUUUUAAAGGGAAUGGGAAUUGAAAAAAAAACAGGAAUUGACCCCCCCCCCCACCACCACCCCCAACCCUUCGUCUCUCAAUACGGAAACCAGAACAGAAGAAACAGAUAUGUGACGUUCACCCGUGUUCUGUAAGUCAUCUCAGAACAUUCCUGAUGCUCAGUUAAUCAGCUGUUCUGUUCCUUUCACACGUUCUUUUCACGUUUUUCAGUAAAGCUGCACUGCCACCUUGUGUUUUGUUUAGUCAGAAGAAUUUGCUACCUCGUAAAAGGCUACAGCAUCACACCUCUGUGAGAAACUCAGCUCUGUGUAGGAUUCUGGUCGCAUCCCCUGUGCCAUCUCUCUGAGAGAGAGCUCCUGUUGGGGAAUGGGUCAUGCAGGUAUACAGCCCUUUGUAACAAACCAAUAACUGGUUAUUGGUUAUAGAAUAUAACCAUAGCAAUAUUUGUUAAGAAAUUAUAAAAUCCCUUUUUUUUUUAGUUUUGUUCAU